GUCCCCCUUGCCCGGGGACAAGGAGGUGGAGGGAGCUGAAGACCCUAGAAUGCCAAAGGAGCCCGGGGCCCCUUCUGCCCUCCGCUCCUCAUCUGGAGACUUAAAGGACUUUGAUCUGCUCCUGCCAGAGAGAGCAGGGACUUUUCAGCCUUUUCUAGCAGCAUCCCAGAGACUUGGCACCUAAGGGAUCCCCAGAGGUGCCCUGAGAGUCUGUCUGAAGAACGAGCUGGACGGACUGUUUGGAGGAGUGACUGCGCUUAGAGCAAUGGCUGUUUCAGGGGCUAUAAUGUUCAAAGGGCCCAUGGUGUAAGGUCAAGUUCCAGGACUGCUCUUUAUGGCCAGAGAAGUUUCAUUUUAAGUCAUGGAUGGUGCAGCACCAAAAGGAAUACAGCUCGGAGGAGUACCACCACAGGCUGCAAGUGUUUGUCAGCAACUGGAGGAAGAUAAAUGCCCACAAUGCUGGGAACCACACAUUUAAAAUGGGGCUGAACGAAUUUUCAGACAUGAGCUUUGCUGAAUUUAAACGCAAGUAUCUUUGGUCAGAGCCUCAGAAUUGCUCAGCCACCAAAGGGAACUACCUUCGAGGUACUGGUCCCUACCCACCCUCUAUGGACUGGCGGAAAAAAGGAAAUUUUGUCUCACCGGUGAAAAAUCAGGGCGGCUGCGGCAGCUGCUGGACCUUCUCCACCACCGGCGCCCUGGAGUCAGCCGUCGCCAUCGCCACCGGGAAGCUGCUCUCUCUGGCAGAACAGCAGCUGGUGGACUGCGCCCAGAACUUCAACAAUCACGGCUGCCAAGGGGGUCUCCCCAGCCAGGCCUUCGAGUACAUCCGGUACAACAGGGGCAUCAUGGGUGAAGACACCUACCCCUACAAGGGCAAGGAUGAUGACUGCAAGUUCCAGCCCAGUAAGGCCAUUGCUUUUGUCAAGGAUGUAGUCAACAUCACAAUGAAUGAUGAGGCGUCGAUGGUGGAGGCGGUCGGCCUGCACAACCCCGUGAGCUUUGCCUUUGAGGUGACUAACGACUUUCUGUUGUACAGAAAGGGCAUCUACUCCAGUCCUUUCUGUCAUAAAACUCCAGAUAAAGUAAACCAUGCAGUGCUGGCUGUUGGGUACGGAGAAGAAAAUGGGACACCCUAUUGGAUCGUGAAAAACUCUUGGGGUACCCGGUGGGGAAUGAAUGGGUACUUCCUCAUUGAGCGCGGAAAGAACAUGUGCGGCCUGGCCGCCUGCGCCUCCUACCCCAUCCCCCUGGUGUGAGCCAGGAUGUCACGGCGACUGGUUGGCAGAGGAAGGGAGGAAGGGCAGCCUGGGCCCUAAAACCCUGCCCUAGAGGAAGUGGAGGGAGACCCACCCAGGGCCCCCUCACCCCUGCGGAGCCUGGAAACCAGAAGAAAACCAGGAAGAAGAGUUCUACCCAGUAGCAAGCUCACCCACGCCUGCUGAUGCAGAGGUGGCCCCAGCCGUGUGCCUUAGGCAUGGUGUUUGACUCAACCCCAUGUGGACCGAGAAUAUUCUUUCUUCCCAAAAGGGCUGCUUUUCACAUCUGGAAGACACUCCAUUGACCGUUUUUAUUCAAUAAACAUCUGUGAGCACC